CGGCAAACGCAAACAGUCUAGCACGGAUUAUCUCACAUAGGAGAUCAUUUAUACUGUGAUAUUCGUGAAGAAGUUUUGUGCUAAAUUGUGACACGCAAAAUAUGAGACGAUUUCUUUAGUUGGAAAAUAAGUGUUUAGCGAAAUGGCAGGGCCAUAUUUGUCACCCUUGCCGGGUGAUUUGCUGACGGAGUACAUGUUUGGGCGGCGGAGACAAAGACGCAAUAGAACGACGUUCACACCUCAACAGCUGAGCGAACUGGAAUCGUUGUUUCAGAAAACUCAUUACCCUGAUGUGUUUUUAAGAGAGGAGGUUGCAUUGAGGAUAAGUCUGUCGGAAGCGAGAGUGCAAGUAUGGUUCCAAAAUCGUAGAGCGAAGUGGCGAAAACAGGCACGACUGCAACUUCUUCAAGACGCGUGGAGAAUGCGUUGUUUGGGAUUAGGGACUCCACCUCUUGGAAUGCCUGGUCACGGUAAACCUCCUGACUCUUCACCAGAACGCACUGAUUCGCCAUCGAAUAAAUCACCCGAACCACAUCUAGAAAAUAACGGCGAGCUCAAGUCCCCUCGACCGGAAAUGUAUAAUGGCGGCAUGCAGGAACACCCACCGCAAAUGCCACCACACGAAAUGCCACCUAUGCCUUACCCAACCGAAGAUGGUAGGAUGAUGCAACAACCAUACUUUUCCCCCCUAAUGAUGCCUCCCAUGGACAGCACAGACAUUGUUCCAACAGACCUACGAGUCCCAACAAAGAACAAUUGCCAUUGUGUACCAGAAGAGCCACAAAACUUAGCAUAUCGCCCGAGAAGAGACAAAGAGAGUGACAGCGACAGCGACUCAGAAAUAGAUCUUACGUCUCACUCCAAAGACGACGAUCUGAGAGAGUCAGAGAGACUAGCUAAUCGAAUAGCGACAAGUAUAUUUCGCAGUGACACCGUGCUUCACGAUUUAGUACCGAAUGACCUUAGUAUGGGAACAGCGAAAAAUAUACCUAGCGACCGUAAUGUGAGGGGUAAUAUCAUGUGAAUUUUGUUGACAUUGAACAAUUUCAUCAAAUAUUUUAGACUUCAGACCAAAAUAUCUAUCGUGUGCUAUGUGAUGCUUGUGUCUCUCCUGAAGUUAGUCUUUCGCACAAUAGACCUAUAGACCAGAUAGGUAAAAUUCUAAGUUUUAUUUGAGAAAUAAUUCUGUAAGCUGAUACCAAAACAAUAAACGUUUUAAGUGUAGUAGAAAAAAUAAUUUCUAGUCAUUCUAUUGUGUAUUGUAGAUAUUUAUUUUUACACGUAUUUGAGCCGUUGUAGAUAGCGGGUAGUGCUUCGAUGUAUAUGAAUAUAGUAUAAGUUAGUACCAUGUUAUUUUUAGUAGAGAAUAAAUAA